AAAGAAGAAUGGGAUUAAUAUAUAUAUAAGUAAAAGGAAUACAUCAUUUUUUAUUAAAGUUUUAGUGAAGCUUAAAAUGGUCAAGUGUUAUCAAACCAUAUUUAAAAUAAACAUAUAAAUGUUUAAGUUUCAAAAACAUAGUUAAAGUAGGAAUAUCAAUUUGUAAAUUUGCUGGAGAAACUGGUAACUCUAGUCAUUAAAAUUUGAAAUAUCCUUAGCAGAACUAUGGGAGUUCGAGUUUACAUAGGAUGGUGUAAAGAUGAGGGUUUACCAGCAGGGAAGCCCCUCAUUACCGCUCCAGCUGUUUUUCCUAGUUUUAUGUAUACCAUAGCCUAGGAUCAGGUAGCCAGGAACCUCGUCGAGGGUUGAAAAGUGGCCAAGGUCUGGUGGUCCGGGCAAUUGCAUUUUAAACUCGUCCCCUGACUGGCUUCAAUCACUUUCGGGCUCAGUUGUUCGCCAGCAUCAGGUUCACAAUGACCUCCGACUCCACGCUGUAUUUCACCGCCGUCGAAGAAAUGUUCAAGGAAGUGUUAACAAUAGAGGACGACGACUUGAUUCCUGGGAACGAGGAGGUAUCCGAAACUCCGAAACGGUGUGUGCGGUUGCGCCAGCAAAAGUUGUUCGCAAAUGACUCGAAUUUUGUGAUCAGCCGCCGAUCUCCGAGGAUCGAAUCCGCAAUAGAUCUGAAAGUGGAUUUAUCGCCAGGCAGGCGAAAGGAGCUUCGGGGUGAGCAAAUCCUUCGGCUGCGCAAGGAUCGAGCGGAAAAGGAACGACAAAAGCCCCAGAGACGUCUAACCUUGAGGAUAUAAAGUCACCGAUCGAUCGAGUUAUCGUUUUUCCAAUCAAGUGCUUCCCUGUUGUAUGCUUUACUUUAAGAUUUAUGUUUAAGUACUCCUAAAUAUGCUAUGGUUACGAAUAGCAUAUCGCCGAUGAGUUCGGCUAUGUGAUUUUUAGUUCCAUUUGCUGUGCCAUUAAUAAAAAUAACGUUAUUGAUCAAAUCAAACGUGUUUUCGUAAAGCAAAAGUGCAGUCGUGUAUUUUUGAUCUGUGGUAUUGUGAAAAAAGGAAUUUAUUUUAUUUUAUUUCAUUUAUUUAUUUUUCUUAAUACCUUUUCAAAAAUAUUAAAAUAUAUUUUUAGUUACAAAUACUUUUCAGUCCCUAAAAUGUUCGCACUUGGGUAAACCCCAUCGACAAUAUCCUUUUACGAUUAGAUUGAA